AUGUCCUUGUCGUAUACGAUCGCUACCGGUGGCACCGCCUUCAUAAUCACUGCCUCGCUCGUUGCUAUGGUCGUUAUUAUAAACGACCUCAACCAACUCCAUAGUGAUAUUCAUAGUGAAAUGAAGGAGUUCAGAGGCAAAGCGGACGGUGCAUGGCAACUGAUAAUGAAAGCAUAUGAUGACGAUGCGAUCAGGACUAUCUCCUAUUCGUACUCACUCGCUCAGCCUAGAAUAAAGCGUCAAAACAAAUCUCACAAAACCAGUAGCAGCCAUAACAAUGAGUGCAAUUGUGGGCCACCAUCGAACACAUGUCUUCCUGGACCAGAAGGCCCACCCGGAGAGCCAGGUACGCCGGGAGCUCCUGGCGAGGACGGUCCUCCUGGUGAACCUGGUCUACCCGGGAUAACACUUCUCCUUAUGAACGAGCUUAAUGGUUGCAUUAAAUGUCCGGCUGGACCGAGUGGCGAUCAUGGACCACCAGGAGAACCGGGACCGGCCGGUCCACCAGGACCUCAAGGUAUGCCCGGCAUGAUGGGUGGCCCAGGUCCACUUGGUGAGGUUGGCCCUGCGGGCGAUCCAGGCAUAGAGGGAAUGCAAGGAAUGCCAGGCUCACCUGGUAUGCCCGGUGAACACGGUACGCAAUACAAGGAAGGUCUGCCGGGUAUGCCUGGAUUUCCAGGACCACCCGGUCCAGAAGGACCACCUGGAAAAGACGGUGAAAACGGGAAAAAUGGUGAACGUGGUCCACCAGGACUACCUGGUAUCCCUGGUAUGGGAGGAGUACCUGGUAUGGACGGCCAACAUGGCGUUGUUGGCAUGGAUGGACGUCCAGGACCAGAUGCUAUGUACUGCCCGUGUCCCGCGAGGAGUCUGCCCCUCUCUAUCGACAAGUGA